AUGGUAGACUCUGAGAUAAAUGCUGAGUCAGAGACAUUUGGGGAGCAUGGAGGGCCCCCAUCAUCCGGAGCAGACCUGACACCUCCCGGGAGCGACGGAGCAGAGGAGACAGGUUGUCUGGAGGUCUGGGGUCCCGCCACUCAGCCACUCAGCGCCCCUCUCGCGCCCCCCCCCCCCAAACCGCCACACAUCCCCACGGACAACUCUCCCCCUCCACCCUCCCACACUCCGCCCACCGGGCGUGCAUCCCAGUCCUCGCGCCCCACUACCUCGUCAAUCGCUACGCCCUCGCACUCACGCACCCCACCCGUCACCCCCCGACACGUCGCAGAGCGCGCGCACACGAGCAAGCCGCGGCGCGACAGCCCUCCCACCCCAUCCCCCGCCCCCGCCCCUCCCCAGCACCAUAGAUGUUUCGCGCUCUGA